AUGGAGCCGAUCUCCGCCGCCGAUAAGUCGGCGCCGACAUCGGCCGACUUUCCCCUUCGGGUGCAAAUGGGUCGCGGUCUCAGCUUCACCUUAGAGUGGAACGACUACGCCGUCCUUCGCGACCAAAAGAAAGAGUUCACCGAGAGAUGCUUUGGACUCGCCAUCAGGUUCGCUUGGUUUGACAUUGGGCGGGACGACCUGCGGUUGUGGGUGCUGGGGAUCGGCCCGCUUCGAUCGGCCAUGAAAGCCGCCGACCAUUCUUGCUUUGCUAAGGCUUUCGACGCCGACAUCGCCGCUAUCCCGCUGAAAUCGACCGGCGGCCCGCUUCCAGGGUCACACUGCAGCGUCAUAGCCAUCCUCUACCCAGGAGAUGUGCUGAAGGCUGAGGGACAGGUCUGCAGGACAUCGAUCCGGCACAUCGACCCGCACACCGGAAAGGGGAAGCACCGCGACGAGGCCGUCCGCGUCCUGAAGCUAUUCCGCACGGCUGCCCUGGCCGAGCUGGGGCGUCCCGGUAGGAAGUGGGACGGGGCGCCUCCAUCACAAGCAGUGGUGGAGGAAAGGCUUGCAGACUGCGACGACCCUAUCCGCGACAAAGUGCCGGGCACAGUGUCGGACGGGCAUGUCGGCACCGGCAUGCUUGCCGCGACGUCGUUCGGGUGGGUGGCCAAGCAGAUCGGCCUGCUGACGGGCGACAAGGCUCGGAGCGCUGUGAGCAUCGAGAACAUCAAGGUCGCGGGUUUGAGGUCGCUCCGUGAUAGCAUGGUCGAUUACAUCUGCCAUCGUGUCGCCGAAAACCGGAUAGCGGCGCCGACUUCAGGCGCCGACGGACCCGCCGAGGGUGCGAUUGAUGACGACGGCGCGGAAAGCGACGAUGCGGCAGGCGCAGGGAGGAAGGAAGAGGAGUUGACGGACUCUGGCUCAGAGUCGGAGUCGGAGGGGGAGGAGGAGGACGAAGGGGAGAAGGAGAAUGAGGACGAGGAGGAUGACGAGGGCAAGGACGAGAACGACGAGGUGGUGGAGGUGGUGGCUGGGAAGGACGAGGCGGCGCACGAGGAAGGGGUGGAGGAGGAGGUGGAGUACGAGCUGGAGUACGCAGACGGCACGGUUGAGGCGGUGGGGUCGGCGGACGAGAAGAACGAGGAAGCGGAGGAUGGCGAUGCGGGUAAUGCUACGGGGUCGGCAGGUGAGGGGAAGGAAAAGGAUGAGGUCGGCGUGGAGGCAACGACGGAAACGGGCCAGGAGGAGGCGGCAUGCGAAGGUGCGAAGGUGUCGGUCGACGCCGGCGAAGGUGCGAACAUCGCGGGCGUGCAGGAGACGGGGGACGCAUCUGGUCGGCAGGGCCCUGCAACGGACGACGUCGAGGAGCUGCGACGGGAGAACUUGCUGUUGAGGGCGGAGAACGCUCGGCUGCAGGGUUUGCUCGAUGCGGAACGGGCUCGGCUGGACGCGUUUUUUGUUGGGCUACGUGGACUCGUCGACCACCUGAAGGAGUUGGCCGAGCAGGUCGACGACACCGAGAAGUAUGCGGCGGAACAGCUGCGAAACGCGGCGGAGGCCAUGUCGCAGACCAUCACGGGCAACAUCACCGGCAGCUUCGACGAGGCGUGGAAGACGAUGAAGACCUUCGCGGAACAGGCGUCGGCGUGGCUGGAGGACUUCGACAACCCGGAGGGAAAUGUGGCGUAUCAACGCGCCUUAGCGGUCACCACCUUGGCCGACCACGUCGACAAGGUGGUGGGCGAUGCGCAGGAGGAUUUGCGGGAGCACAUCACGAGCCAGUUGUCCGCCGCAGCUGUCAACAUCGCCACAGCUGUGACCGGCAGGCUCCCCGUGCAGCCGCCGCCACCGCCUCAGCCCACGCCGCCCGCCCUCCCGGAAGAGCUCUUGAAGUCGUUCAAGGCCGACAUCAUGAAGACGGUGACGGAGGCCACCGAGCAGUCGUUCGUUGCGUCCGGGAUGAAGAUGUUGACCGAGAUGAUCGGCACGGUGGCGCCUGGUCGACGUGGUUCGUCGCCUUCGGCCAAUGACGCCGACGCCGCGCAACAGAGGGCGGCCGACAAGCAAGGCCUGAAGAGGUCGGGCGACGGUGACGACAAGGAGAGCUCGAAGCGGAGCAAGGGAUCGGACGGGAGCCGCGUCACGAAGCCUCCUGCGCGGAGCGUGGUCGACAUGCUGAAGGCGAAGGGGUGGAAGGUGAGGGGAGGGUCGACCAGCAAGGGAAGCGGAAGCGGGGGGGCGGACGGGAGACCUGCCGACGGGAUCGCGGCUAACGUCGAUGCACCGCCUGGCCCGCCUUUGGACGCCGAGCAGACCCAUCCUCAGGCGAGCGGUGGGAAGGACGCGGCCCCCACUGCCCAGGCGGCGAAAGUCGGAGGCGCCGGAACCACCCAGGGGCCGUCUGACGCGGUGCCGGCCAAGGGCAAGGCGAUGUCUGCGUCUGCUACGGUCGCCGGAACCGGCACGGCGAAGGCUGCCUCUGCUUCAGUCCCCGGAACCGGCAAGUCGAAGGCUGCUUCUGCUACGGUCGCCGGAACCACCAAGUCGAAGGCUGCUUCUGGUACGGUCGCCGGAACCACCAAGUCGACACCAUGUAACCCGCCUGCGGCAACCACCGGGCCCGCCGGCCAGACAGGUGCGGGGAAGCAUGGGGAGGCCCGUGCGGCCCCUCCAGCUCCAGCAGCCCCUACUGCCGCCAAGGUCGACGCGAAGGCUGCUUCGGCACAGGGGCCACCCGGGAGUAACGCGCUUAGGGUGUUGCUCCACCGCAUGGAGUCCCACCGCCCGGGCGCGCAGCAGCAUCAUGUGGUCGACGCCGGCCUCGCAGAAAUAGCACGUCGCUCCGUCACUCCGCACGUUGCCGGCAAACCGUCCGAUGCCCAAUCUGCCGCGCGGCCGGUCGCCGCCCCACCGCCUGCGGACCCCAAGUCCGCGUUUCUUCGCGCCCAUAUAGGCGCACGCAAAGCGGCAGCUCCACCAGUCACUCAGCCGGAACCCGGCACAAGCGCGACGCCGACGGCUGUAAAUGCGACCGCAUCCUCCCCAGGAGCAGCUGUGGUCGAUCUGGCGGCGGAGAGGGGAGUCAGUGCAGCGCUAGCCACCGGCGGCCGCGCCGACAGGCAUGCCGCCCUCGAAUCCGUCCUGGCCCAGUUUGAGGCAGCAAAACGGCCCGAGCAUGCCCCGGCACUGGCCAUCGUGGACACGGCGCAUGCGGAGCCGUCGGCGACCAACACAGGGGGUUCGGCGGAGCCGACGGCCGCAACGGGUGUUGUCGCCGAGGGAAAUGCGGGACGGAAGGGUAAGGACGACACCGGGAAAGGGAAGGCGGUGUCGGCGGGGAAGGAGAUGGCGGAAGACAAAGGGAAGAAGCCGGCACGGAAGACGGGCGGCAAGGGUAAGUCGGCAAAGAAGAAGGAGGAGGAGGAGAAGGAGGAGGAGGAGGAGGAGGAGGAGGUGGGGGAGGGGGAAGAGCAUGGACGCCGGGGUCAUGGCAUCCGCCGAGACAGGUCUGGCGACGGGCAGGGGUGGGUGGGCGAGAUGAAGUUCAAGAACCAGAAUCGGUACAUCGGCAAGUCCCGCGACAAGAUGGAGCUGGCCUACGAGCACGCGAUUGCGUACUCCGUCUACGACGGCUACGUGAGCAAGGUGCUCAUGAAGGAGCUCACCGCCUUGAAGCCGGGAGAGUUGGAUGAAUGGAAGGCGGUGUGGGAGGAGGUCAAAAUCCUGCCGACCGGGAUGUGGACGGUGAUGUGGGCCAGAGGCUUGUGCCAUCCGAGAGCAAGGUUCGACGACAUACUCGGCAGGUUCCGUGGGUACGCAGGUUCGGGUGAUGCGCUUCAUGGCGUGCUCUGGCCGGCGAUGUGGUUCCCCAUCAUCGAGGACACGGAGGAAGGCAGGGCGGAGACAAAUGCAAACAUGUCGGCGAUGGUGAAUCGCGUGUCGAUGUGCGCGGCGUAUGGAAAGGUCGCGGCGAGAGUCGCGUAUGGGAAGGUCGACGGGAGCGCGGAGGCGACCGCGGGAGAGACGACGGAUAUGGAAGGCGCGGACAGGAAGGCGGACGAGAAGGUGCAGAUGGGGGCCCAGGCGUUAGCGGCCUCUGCAUGCGCCCUCUGGUGCUACAUGUCGACGCCGGCGUCGGUGCUCGGUGCUGUGGGCGAAGGUAAGGCGGCCGCGAUUCUGGCAGGUGCGGGGAAGGAGAGGGGCGAGCACUUCGCGAUGGUCAUGCACGUGGUUAUCGAACACGCACGCACUCGGCAGGCUCCCGCGGGGGAGGUUGCACAUAACGUCGCGCCAGAGCUGCAGCGCUAUGGAGUGGCCAGGGCCUUCGAGGCGGGCAUUGAGGAAGACGAGGCCGACAUGAUCGCAAGAGCGACGGUCGAGACCUUGGCGUUCUGGGGAAUGUGCCCCCUCGACGGGCCCAAGCUCAAAGCGGAGGGCAUCGAUGUGCCGUGUGACGCGAAGAUGGAGUACGACUUGGAUCACAGGGGGAGGAAGGGGGAGAAGGUCAAGCAGGCCAAGGGCAGCAAGAGGAAGAGGUAG